CGCUAUCGGAAUAGCCACCCUCGGUUCACCAUUUUACGUUCCGACCUCAUCGAAAUUGGACGGAUAGAAUCCUCGCAGCUCGUAGGCUUUAUAGAGUGCAGUAGUGAAUUUUGGAAUAUUCCAUUCAACGUUAUUUGCUCGGAAAUUGUGUCGUUCGUCAUAAUGUCGUCGCGUAUUAAUGAGAUUGUUUGCCAAAAGGAAAAUCUUUCCGAGGGCUUGGAAAAGAUUUCUAUCAAGAAUGUACGCAAGGUGCUGACCGAAAGCGGAGCGAACGUAGCCCUAGUGAUGGAAUCUCAACAAAAGCCUCAGACAAAUGGUAAUGUAGAUGACGGCGAUUCGAAGGAACUCGCAAAAACCGAGACAUCUGUGUACAACACAAAGGCGGCUCCCUUCGAUCCGUCGAUUGAACCAUUACUUAGAGACAAUCCCCGUCGAUUCGUCAUCUUCCCCAUCCAGUACCAGGAUAUAUGGCAAAUGUACAAAAAGGCUGAAGCCUCGUUCUGGACGGCAGAAGAAGUGGAUCUUUCCAAGGAUUGGGCCGACUGGCAGAAGCUGAAGCCAGAAGAGAGGCACUUCAUCUCGCACGUGUUGGCCUUUUUUGCCGCUUCCGAUGGUAUUGUUAAUGAAAAUCUGGUGGAGCGAUUCAGUCAGGAAGUGCAGGUCACCGAGGCACGCUGUUUCUACGGGUUCCAGAUUGCGAUGGAAAAUGUACACAGCGAAAUGUACUCGCUGUUAAUUGAUACCUACAUCCGUGACCCGGAGGAAAGAGAUUACCUCUUCAACGCUAUCGAAACGCUGCCCUGUGUGAAGAAGAAGGCCGACUGGGCACUCAAUUGGAUAGCGAGCGACCAGGCGAACUUUGGCGAACGCGUGGUGGCCUUCGCUGCCGUGGAAGGUAUCUUCUUCAGUGGCAGCUUUGCGUCUAUUUUCUGGUUGAAGAAACGUGGACUGAUGCCGGGCUUGACUUUCUCCAAUGAGUUGAUUUCGCGGGACGAAGGUCUCCACACCGAUUUCGCCUGCUUGAUGUUCAAGCAUCUAGUCCAGAAGCCCUCGAAGGAACGGGUGAUUGAAAUCAUCCGCGAUGCGGUGGUGAUUGAGCAGGAGUUCCUGACGAAGGCUCUGCCCGUUGAUCUGCUAGGUAUGAACUGUGAUCUGAUGUCCGAAUACAUUGAGUUUGUCGCCGAUCGGUUACUGCUUGAGCUGGGCUUUGAGAAGAUCUAUCACACCAAGAAUCCGUUCAGUUUCAUGGAAUUCAUUUCGCUAGAAGGAAAGACGAACUUCUUCGAGAAGAAGGUUGGAGAAUAUCAAAAGAUGGGCGUUAUGGCUAACCGUAUGAACAAUGUGUUCACGUUGGACGCAGCAUUCUAGUUGUAACUUCCCUGACGUGUGUGGUUUGAUGUAAGAUGUGCGCAAUGCUAACAUGCAUCGGCGGAUAACACUAUAAUCGCUUCAUUGCGACACGCACUUUUAGCUCGAUUCAUGGGCAUGUGAUUUAUUGUGCGUUCUCAUUGUGGAGCCUUAGAUCAGAAUUGUACAAUUAUGACAAAGAUGUUUUCUACAAACAAAUCGACGCAGAGGCAGAUUAUUUUAUGCAAUAAUUAUAAGUUUCGUUCAUCGAAUUCUCAAACAUUGCAACAGUGUAAAUUAAGGCGGUUUUAUUGGAGUAAUGUUUUAUUUUAAAAUAUAUAUCAAUACACAUUAAAUAGCACAAUUAUCUUUGCUAUUAGUCUUUUUUGUAUAUGCGUAUUACUUCAGAUAGGCGGGAUAACCUUCUUGAAUUGUAAACGACUUAAAUUGAAUAAAUAGUUCUAUGAACCUUAUCUUCAAUAAUUCAUAA